AUGCUGAUCAACAUGGCCGCGUACCACAACGCCCUCAUCGACACCUCAUACCCGCCCCACCACCUGCCCGCCAUGAACGGCGUGGGCGUGAACGGCGUGUCGCCCGCCCACAUCAACGGACACGCGGCCGGGCCCCUCAGCCACUCCGGCAGCCCCGGCAGCGGCCACCAGACUAGCGGCGGCCUCCAGCACCCACCCCAGCAGCAGCAGCAACAACAACAAUCUCAGCAGUCGCAGCAGCAGCAACAGUCCCAGCACCACCAGCACCAGCAGCUCGUGGCCUCCCUCAGCCACCCGGUCCACCAGCAGCAGCAGCAGCACCAGCAGCACCACACUGCUUCUCCGCCGCAUAAAGAACAUGACGCUAUCAAGCUGUUCAUAGGUCAGAUCCCGAGGCACAUGGAGGAGAAAGACCUGCGCCCUAUGUUCGACGAGUUCGGCAAGAUUUACGAGUUCACCGUCCUCAAGGACAAGCUCACCGGCAUGCAUAAAGAACCGCGCCACCAGCAGUACCUGACUGAACGCAAGCCAAUGGCAACUCAGUCCUCGGAUAUUGCAGAAGUUUCCUUGUGUAUGAGAUGCCUAAAGCACGAUUAA